AAGGAGGCUAGAGGAGCGGCUGCUAGCGGGAGAGAGGCAGAGAGAGAUGGGAAUGGCUGUUGAUGGUGGGUGUGGGGACAGUGGAGACUGGGAAGGUCGCUGGAACCAUGUAAAGAAGUUCCUCGAGCGAUCUGGACCAUUCACACACCCUGAUUUCGAGCCAGGCACUCAACCCCUUGACUUUCUGUUAAACACGUGUAAAGUUCUAGUUAUUGGAGCAGGAGGAUUAGGAUGUGAACUUCUGAAAAAUCUGGCAUUGACUGGUUUUAGGCAGAUCCAUGUAAUUGAUAUGGAUACUAUUGAUGUAUCUAAUUUGAAUAGACAGUUUUUGUUUCGACCUAAAGAUGUUGGGCGGCCUAAAGCAGACGUUGCUGCUGAGUUUCUAAAUAGUCGAAUUCCUAGUUGUGCUGUUGUACCACAUUAUAAAAAGAUUCAGGACCUUGAUGAAACUUUCUAUCGACAAUUUCAUAUAAUCGUGUGUGGUCUGGAUUCAAUACUUGCAAGAAGAUGGAUAAAUGGCAUGCUGAUGUCUCUUUUAAACUAUGAAGAUGGGGUAUUGGAUCCAGGUUCCAUCAUACCUUUGAUUGACGGAGGAACUGAAGGCUUUAAAGGAAAUGCACGUGUCAUUAUUCCUGGCAUGACAGCUUGCAUUGAAUGCACACUUGAACUGUAUCCACCUCAGGUAAAUUUCCCUAUGUGUACAAUUGCUUCAAUGCCUCGACUUCCAGAACAUUGUAUUGAGUAUGUCAGGAUAUUGCAGUGGCCCAAGGAACAACCUUUUGGAGGUGCUCCAUUAGAUGGAGAUGAUCCUGAGCAUAUACAGUGGAUUUAUGAGAGAUCUUUAGAAAGGGCAUCAGAAUUUAAUAUUAAAGGUCUAUCCUACAGACUCACACAAGGAGUCGUAAAGCGAAUCAUUCCAGCAGUAGCUUCUACAAAUGCUGUCAUUGCAGCUAUAUGUGCCACAGAAGUUUUUAAAAUAGCCACAAGUGCAUACAUACCUCUGAACAACUACUUGGUGUUUAACGACGUAGAUGGACUCUACACGUACACAUUUGAAGCCGAAAGGAAGGAGAACUGUCUGGCUUGUAGCCAGCUUCCCCAAAACAUAGAAUUCUCUUCAUCAGCUAAACUGCAGGAAGUCUUGGAUUAUUUGACAAACAAUGAAUCAUUACAAAUGAAAUCUCCAGCAAUAACAGCCACAGUGUAUGGGAGGAAUAAAACUCUUUACUUACAGUCAGUAACUUCAAUUGAAGAACGAACAAGGCCGAAUCUCUCAAAAUCUUUAAAAGAGUUGGGACUUGUUGAUGGUCAAGAACUUGCAGUUGCAGAUGUCACUACUCCACAGUCUUUGCUCUUCAAACUACACUUCACUACUUGAUAAUCAACAGAAGUGAUGUCAAUGUGCACUGAAGCAGACUUGCACACCUUGUAAAACAAGACAAGUUCCCCAGAGCAGUCCCUGUUGGUACAAUCAGUUCUAGACUUUUACCCUGAAUAAAUUGCUCCUAUUUUAGAACUGAAUUUGGAAACCAAUAUUUGGUUGAUGGUAUUUGUAUAAAUGCUCAUUAAAUGUACAGCAAUAAUCCUAAUUUCCAACUUGUACGUACACUAAAAUGCCAACACUCCUUCCCGCAUGUUGAAACUUUAUGAUGGUGGAUGGAUUAGUUAUCCAAAGCCCUCUGAAUG